AGGUCCUUUAGAAGGAUGGGAUCUAGUAGGUUAUCCCUUGAGAUUUUUAGAAACAACCGCGUUUACCUCAAAGGGAUUACCGGAUUGUGGCGGUGAGCGUGCUCUGCAGCGGCGGACUAAGUGGUGUCCACCAGGGUGCGCGCACAACUGGUGAAGUGUCGUGGAGCGGGAGCGCGCAGCUCCGGCCUGUCUGCUGGCGGUGAUCGGGUGAAGAUGGCGCCGGGCGGAUGGAAAUCCUAAUGACAGUUUCCAGGAUCGCUUCUAUCUGUACCAUGGGCGCCAAUGCCUCGGCUUUAGAGAAAGAGAUUGGUCCGGAACAGUUUCCAGUAAAUGAGCACUAUUUUGGAUUAGUUAAUUUAAAUUUUGCCUUAAAUAAAUGUUUGGAAUUUGAAUCCAGUGCUGUACACACAUUUUCUAAUAUCAUAUGUUUAUUUUUUAUUUUUUUUGUGUCCAGGGGAUUUAGCAACACAGAAACACUUUGUAGUGAAUACAAAUAUUACUGCGAAGAAUGUCGCAGUAAACAGGAAGCACAUAAAAGAAUGAAAGUAAAAAAGCUGCCUAUGAUUCUAGCUCUUCAUUUAAAGAGGUUUAAGUACAUGGAUCAACUUCAUCGAUAUACAAAACUUUCAUACAGGGUAGUUUUUCCUUUGGAGCUUCGACUUUUUAAUACAUCUGGAGAUGCUACCAAUCCGGACAGAAUGUAUGACCUUGUAGCUGUGGUAGUUCACUGUGGAAGUGGUCCAAACAGAGGACAUUAUAUUGCAAUUGUAAAAAGCCACGACUUUUGGUUGUUGUUUGAUGAUGAUAUUGUAGAGAAAAUUGAUGCACAAGCUAUUGAAGAAUUCUACGGGUUGACUUCUGACAUCUCUAAGAACUCUGAAUCUGGUUACAUCCUCUUCUACCAGUCUCGAGACUAAAUGAGAACUGUGACAAUUAUACUUUCUGCCUCAUUUCUUCUCUGAAUAUUUUGAAAAAGAAGGAAGCACUGAUUAUAUAUACAAAAAAAAUAUAUAUAUAUAUAUAAAAAUACACCUUAAAAAGAGGACAGCCCAGAGCUCAGGGGGGCAUUAGCGCAGUUUGCACACGCCGAAGCAAAGAGCAUGGUCGUAGAAUACAAGAAGCUCAUAUCAUGAUGAUUGAUUUAUUUGCUCAGGUAUCAUGCACACCAUGAAGUUCCAUCUGUGCUAAGUGAUAACAGAAAUGGACAUUUUGUUGGUUGAUAGGACUUCCAGUUAUUUAAUGAUGUCUGCUCUCUUUCUUAGCCAUUACAACAACAGCACGGAAAAGUGGCUUUGAAGGAAAGUCUAGAAACAUUUGUUUCUAAUGCUGACCAUUCUGUAUAGUAAAUAAAGCACUAGUUUUAAAAACUAAAUGUUAUAACAUCUAAAAAUAUAAAUGUAUGUUUAAAAAAAAAUGAAAAAAACUCAAAUAUAUAUUUGCGCCCAGCAACCGCAAUUGCCUUUCUUAUAGAGGACGUAUAAAACAAUUCAUUUAGUUCCAAGUACCUGCCUGAAAAGAUUUUCAGUACAGUUCCAAUGUAAGAUUGGAAACUAAAAACUAAAUGGUGUCUAUUUUCCCCUAUUAUGGGGAGCACUGGUCAAAUUGCCAGACUUUAUAUUGUAUUUAUUUGAGCUGUCGCAAAUAAUGGCUUCUCCUCUUGCUAAUUUUCCAGAAGUAUAAUGAUCAUUCAUUUAGCACAAAUAUAUUAUUCACUAAGUUAAUUUAUGAUUAUCAUGUAUACUGUUUGUAGAAUUAAUUUAUUGGUCAUAGCCUCUUUAAUGCCGUUCUUUGUAAUUCUGAGUAAGAUGAUACAGUCAUGAUAUGCAACACAAUAUAAAUAGACUAUGUGAAAGCUGGAAUCUUCUUUGUGAAGUUAUACAGUGUGAACAAAAGAAAAUAGAUGUAAAUCUGUGUUCAUUACUAAGUUCUUAAAUUUGUAAAAAAUUUUUGCUGUCACACAUAAUUCCAAUGAAUGAUAUACUAUAUCUGGGUCAAAGAUGUUAUACUAAUCCAUAUAGGUCUAAGUGUAUUUGAUGAUGGUGCAUGUUGGGAAAUAUUCCAAUAGUUCUCCAAUGGACAAUUUAAUAUAACAUUUGUUAUAACAAAUAUGAAAUGAAUAUGCUUAUUAAAAAAAACUUCCAAACCCAUACUGGGUGACACUUUUAAAAGAAAAAAAUGUAUUUUUUUUUUCUAUGUUUGGCGUGGUCAUAGUUGAAUUCUGAAAUGUCAAUCAAAUUAGCGCCAAGUAGGAUGUUAAAUGUAGUUUUAUGUACUCUUUAGUGAUUGACAGCUCUUUAUUCAUGCGUCUGUUUUCUGACAGUGUCUGAAUGUAAUGCCUGGGAAGUGAAUGAAUAAUGAUGUAUUUGAAGCAAUCAGUCUUUUUGAUAUCCUGUUUUAGUCAUUCCCUUACUCAAAAUUCUGACUUAAACCAUAGCUUUCAAAAAUUGGUUUUAUGUAUAUUGUUUAGAAAAGGCUUAUAUUUACUAAACCAAUGCUUGCCUCUCAAUUUAUUAAAUUCAGUGAUGUCCAACAGCCAUUGUUGGCUGACUUCCAAGUAAAUAUUGCCCAUAUUUUUUUGCUGCUAAUCACAGUAGCUCACUUCAUUGCUAGAAAACAUUUAUUGGCUCAGGAAGCUGUUUUAUAUUUUCCGGUCCAGUUACCAACUUUAUUACAUAGAUCCAUUCAGUGAUGGAAGAAUUUGUACCUAAAUAGUUAAUAAUAAUGAAUUCCUUCCUCUUCGGAAAGGCAUAAGACUGUCGGUUAAGGGAAAGUAAAGGCAGUGAACUGGUUUGAUGUUUCAUUACAAAUCUUAAAGGAACAGUAACGUCAAAAUGAAAUGUUCACAGACCAAUUUUAAACAAUUUUGCUAUUUACUUCUAUUAUUACAUUUGCUUUAUACUCUUGGUAUCCUUUGUUGCAGAGUAAACCAUGCUAGCCUGAUCGGUGCUUAGGAGCGUUCACAAUUCUUUAGCAUUCUAUGGCAGCAGUAUUAUCAGCUAUGUAUAACAUUGCUAUAAAAAUUGUUGCCAACACUGCUGCCAGAUGGCUAAAGACAAGUUCAUGUUCCCGAGCUUAACUAGGAUUACUCUUUCACAAUGGAUGUCAUGACAACUAACCAAAAUUGAUCAUAGAAGUAAAUUGGAAAGUUGUUUAAAAUGUCAUGCUCCACCCAAUCCAUUUUUAAUUUUGAUUUUAUUGUCAAUUUAAGUAAUGUGCAAAUCCUUGGCUUUUUGGUAUGUUCAUUUUUUUUAGGGGGUUUACCAUUUCAUAUUUGUUUUUGUACAUUUGCACAAUUUUUUUUAAAUAAUUGUUCCGUUUUCAAAGAUCACUUAAUACCAAAUCAGCAUCUGUUUUGUUUCACAGUUAACAUUGUGCUGCCCUUAAAAUACCUAGAAACUGACAAGUUUUUUGUUUUUUUUAAACACGUUUUUUUUAUUUAUGUUUAUAAUUUAAAGCCAAGGUGUGUUUUUUUACAAAAACAUAAUAUAAAUGAUAAAAAAGAACUUUUUUUUUUUUUUUUGCUUUUUCAAAAUUAUUCUUCAUUGAAAUUUUCUGUUUUUCAUCUGCAUCCCAUUUCAUAAAUGUUAUGUAUUUUUUAGUGAAUUAUGAGGUGGUGGUUGAGGAUAAGCUAGUUUUUACUUCUAGUGCAGCUGAUAAUGAAAUAAAAUGUUAAUCACGGAAUUUAGCAAUUUAUGAAAAAGAUAUAUAUUAACCAAGGAAAAUGACCAACAUGUAUGACACAGAAAUAUUUUUUAGGGGUAGUUGAGAUGGGAGUUUUCAGUUGUACAUAGGGAAUUGAUUGCUGUGUAACUAUAUUGUUGAUUUUGGACAGCAGUCCAUUAUUUUGUAUAUCGGAAACAAAAAUUUUAUUAAAUAAUGUAUGUUAUUUGUUAACAUACUAGGUGUAUUAAACAACCUAUAAAUUAUAAAACGUUGCACUUUUGAUACAGAUUUAUAGAUGUUUGGCGGGUGUAUUAAAGGGCUUGCUUGAGAUAACUUGUUGUGUUAUGAUUUCCUGUUUUAAAGAAAUAAAUGAAAGUGUAAGCAA